AUGGAGACAUUUAUAGAGAUGACUAAAGAAUCUGAAAAGGUUUAUAACAAUUUGACAUUCAUAGAGAUGACUAAAGAAUCUGAAAAGGUUUUGCAUCAUCUGAUAAUUAAAGCAAUGGAAGUUGGAAAAAGGAUGUUACACCAAUCGGCUGAGCAGAAACUAUCUAUUCUCACUCUUACUCUGCUUGAGAAGAAGAUGGCUUCUUUCGCAAUCGAGGACUUUGUUGGAAGUGGAUCUCUGCAAGGACUUCUACCAAAGCUGCUGGAGGAAGGCUGGGAUGAUGUACCAACUUUGAAGACUAUGAAUGCAGACGAUAUGAACGAGUUGAACAUGACUCAACGACAAAAGGAUGCACUGGAUAUCAGGUCUUACCUGCACAAUCGUGCACUGAUGCAAUAUGCGGAUACGCUUGAGGAGUCUGGGAAGUCUCUUCCUGAGCUUCUUAAGCUAACCAAAGUAGAUCUUACUACAGUGUAUGGAAUGAAAAGGGGCCAUGUUGCCCGUUUUACAGACAGAACUACAACUUCUGCGGGAGACACUUUGUCAGAAGCCUAUAAUCUCCAAGAAGCAAAGUAUGACAAGAUCUCUUGGAAGAACCAAUACAGCUUAUGA